UACCAAGCUGCAGUAUGAAUAGCGGAUCCGAAGAGGCUCUGCCCCAAACUGGGCAACGCCUUCCACCCCAGCGGAGAGGAGCCGCUUUCUCGUGAUUUCACAAAUCACGCUUCCGGGACCCACGCGAGAAUCUCGUCCGAGAAAUGGCCGGGGGAGCCUUCGGUGUGCCGGUGCUGACGUUCUAUUGUUAAUUCUUUUCUUGUAAACGUCGGAGAAAAUAAUGAUUUGUCGGCCAGAUGGAUGUAUCGGGCCCAGCUACUGUGGUGGUGUUUAUCGGCGGACGGUUCCCGUGCAGGUAUGAUGUGUGCUGCAGUUCUCCUGGCGCAUUCUCCGGCGUGCCGGCGCUCUGUCGGGUGGCGGCCCGCGCAGAGCAGACACCAGAACAGGCCGGGCUCCUGAUGCCGGCCACCCCCGGCUCCCAGGACAAAACCAUUCCUAAAGGACGCUGCUGUGCUGUCAUUUCAUAAGCUUUUCUUCGCCGUGUUGGAUUAAAAAGUGCAACGAAAAUGCCGCGUAUGGUGAGGAUAAGAAAAAGGGACGACAAGCCCUCACAGGGUCAACAACCGCCGGCCCAAGAACAGCCCACCGCCAAACGACGAGACACCAAAAAGGAUAGUAAACCCACCAAGAAAACCAGCACUGGCAGUAGGCCCCGAAACUACCCCGAUCUCAACUCUCUGCCUGCGUGGUGUAGUCGCCAUGGCCUCCCCGACGUAGUGAGCCCCAGCAUGAGUAAGCAGGCCCAAGGGGACAAGAAGCUUAAGUCACCGGAAAUCGCCGCAGUGUCGUCUGUAAGUGCAAACGCAAAGGCACCUGCAAAACCGACUGCAAAACCGACUACAAAGGCCGCAGGGAAGGGAAAGAUACCUCCUACGCAAGCGCACGGUGCCAACAAGGGUAAAAAGGCGGGAGAUUCCAAACGAGGGGACAUUAAAGAAAGCGAAGGACGAGGCAGCCGCGGGACAACUCCUGAGAAGGCCAUCACAAAAGGAAAUGGCGCCCCUUGUCAGAUGGUGGCGCCCGGUAAAAACAGUCAUGGAGGAAAUAAGCAUCCGGGGUCAUCUCAGAAGGUCGGGAAGACAAUAGACAGGAACAAUAUCGUGUCUGACAAGGACGGAAAAGUGAAGAACUCUUCCCCACUAAGGUGUGUUGAAGGCGACUCUGCCCGAGACUCACCCUCUCGGACGUCGACUGCAAAGGGUGUAGUGGGUCUGGUGAGCAGUGCGCCCGCGCCCGAGCGGCACAAGACUUUCAGCCCCUGGAAAUCGCGCGUUGGUGACAGCGUGCUCACCGACAUUACCACGGGGAACAACGCGCAGGUGUGUGGCCAGGUGAUCGCCAACCCGCAGGUGUGCGGGGGACAGGUGUUUGGAGAGAAAAUCACGACUGUUGCUCUUGUUUCAGCGAGCUACUCUGGACAGGAGAGUCUGGGAAGGAGCCAUGUUGGAAGAGCCCCGGAUGUACAAUCCGCAGUAGCUGCUGGCAUACGAAACGGGCCACUCGCCGACCCACUAGGGGAAGGGACAGGGAUUCUCAGCGGGGAGUACAGGCUAUCGGACUGUUCAGAAGGAGUGCUGAGCGGGGAUUACAGGUCUAUUACAGAUUCUGGUUUCAUUUCGCGAUCUUACGGAAGCACUUCGUCCACUACGACUGCAGUAGUUAGCUCUCUUUCACGCGCUUGCGCCAAGACCGUCGCCAAUACCAUGCCAGGAGAGAACCAUGCACCCAAAAGCUCUGGUACCUCAAGUAGCGCUUCCGACGCCGGGAAAACCGCAACCACUUCGGAGUCGGAGCAAUCCCAGUCAAGUAACGGCUCCAAACCACCGGCUACUGUCAACAGAACUGAACCCACGCAGAAGGAGCCCGACCAGUCGCAACCAGGUCCGGAUUCAGCCGCACCAGAAGGGGAAAUAGCCGGAAAUGGAACUGCUUCCCUUUCCGAAUCCACCAUCAGCGAACCCUCAAUCUCUAUAAGCGACAGGCAAAAUCCUACUUCUACUCAAGCCCCCGUGACCAUGGGUGUGGAGACGACAGUGGUAGCAGGGACGGGUGUUUCUCCACAAGGCAGCACCCUCUCCCUGCCCGUAGCAACCUCUUCUUGCCCUACGGGAGCUAGCAACGGAUCCGUGGCCAGUUCAGACAUCACCGUCUCCACUGCCAUGGCUUCCACCAGCGACACCAGCUCGUCGGUUGGGAGCACGUCAACAGCGCCUCCUGGCGCGGCGGUGGGAAACAACAAAUCGAAGACCAAGCUGGAAUGGAGAAGGCGAAUGCAUUCAUCUCCUAUAGAGCGCUCGGUGGAGAACCCGCCACCAUCUCCAAGGUUCGCCUUCUCUUUCGACGUGCCACAGCCGAAAACCUCAGGCCAAGCGGAGAAGCAAGGGCAGACCCGGGCGGACCUGUUGAGCAGCGUCAGCGAGGACUUCCUGAUCUGCCAGAUCUGUUUUGAGGAGUACUCCAAGCCCAAGCUACUGCCCUGCCUGCACUUCUUCUGUGAGAGGUGCCUGGUGAGGUACGUGGCCGACCGCUCGCACAAGUUCGAGUGCCCGACGUGCGGCCAAGAGACGUGUCUGACCGAGAGGGGCGUGGCCAGGCUGAAGGACAACUUCUUUAUUUCCAAUCUGUGCGACACUCUGUCUAUGCAACGCGGGAGGGUCAAGGAGAAAAAGGUGUCGUGUGCAAUCUGCUCUGACGAAGACGCGGAAGCGACGUCACGGUGCUUGGAAUGCGCGGACUUCCUGUGCCCGGACUGCGCAACCUCUCACUGUCGCACGAGAUUCACGCGUGGGCAUCACGUGGUCACUCUGGAAGACCUGCAGUCGGGGAGAUUCGAGGAGCAGCUACGCUCCAAACAGGAGGUGUACUGCGACAUGCACCAGGGCGAGGUGGUGCGCUUUUACUGCGAAUCGUGCGAUAACCCCGUCUGCCGAGACUGCGUGGUGGUUGAACACAAAGAUCAUAAACACGCCGACAUUAAAGACGUAGUGGGCAAAAGCCGACUCCUAUUGGAGGGCCUCUUGAAAUCUACCAGGCAAAAAAUCCCCGAGUUUGAGUUCGCGCUUGCAGAGGUGCACCAAGUGCAGGAGAUGAAGAAGUCGGAGAGAGAUAGAGUAGAAAUCGACAUCAAGCAGAGAGCGAAGGAGCUGAUCGCGCUGAUUCAGCAACAGGAGCAAAGUCUGUUGUCGGAGCUGCACUUCAUGUAUUCCAGAGAGCAAAAGGACCUCGCCACGGAAGAAAGUUUUUUAGAGAAGAGUCUGAACAGUUUAAAAAGUAGCGUUAACUUCACAGAAAAGGUUCUCAAGUACGGGAACAACGAGGAAGUUCUGUCUGUCAAAAAGGAGAUGGCGGAUCGGUUAUACAGGUUAUCCCAGCGAGAACCCGAGCGCAAGAUGUCAGACAGACUCUCCUCCAACCACUUAGUCUUCAUUAGCACUCCUGGGGACACCCGGAGCAUCUUGAUGAAGGUGGGCUACAUCAAGAACCAGGUUCCGACCAGCGCCAUCCCCUACUACAAGUACUGCUUGAAGCCGGGGCCGGGCCAGAGCAAAAGUGCGCGACUGUUGCACCAGUUCGGCCGCAGGGGCAGUGGGGACGGCGAGUUUAACGGGCCCUACAGGGUAGCGGUGACCGCCGAGGGGCACGUGGUGGUCGGGGACCGCAACAACAGGCGGAUCCAGAUCUUCGACACGGAGGGGCGAAUGAAGAGCAAGUUCCCGGCGGGGUCCUACUCCAAAGUCGCCGUCAUGCACGACGGAAACCUUGCGGUGACCGAUUCUGAGGGCAACAUCCGGCUGUGUGCGCAAGACGGCUCUGUCAUCCACGAGUUCAAACCCCCGGUGACGAGCUGUUACUCCGGCAUCGCGGUGGACAAGCUGGGCCGCAUCAUCGUCACGGACGCCAUCAACCACAGCGUCUGCAUCUUCGAGCCGGACGGCACCCAGAUCCACCAGUUCGGCACCAAGGGCUCCGCCGACGACGAGUUCAAAGCUCCUUCUUACGUCACGGUCAACAGCAAGAGUCACAUCAUCGUGUCGGACACGCGCAACCACUGCAUCAAGAUCUUCGACCAAGACGGGAAGUUUCUGAACAAGCUGGGCUCGCUUGGCACCGGGGACGGCCACUUCGACUACCCCGCGGGCGUGUGCGUGGACAGCAAGGACAACAUCAUCGUGUCCGACUACGGAAACAAGCGCGUCGAGCUCUUCCAGAAUGACCUGAAGUUUCUGCGCCACAUCGCUUCCGUGGAGGAUGGCCUCUUGCAUCCGGAAGCAGUUGCUGUAACCCCGGAUGGAUUUCUCGUCCUAACGGACACGGGGACAAACGAUAUAAAGAUAUUCAUGUACUAGAGCACGGGAAAGUAUUUGGCACCAUAUGCAAGCUUAACUAUGUGAUGUACAUAUUACCUCAACAUAUGCAAAAACAAACUUAACUACCGUGAAAAUACUUAUGAAUACCCCACCGCCAAGUGCCAAGAAGGCUCCUCGCGCCAUGGGAACGGGAGCGCGGGGGAAAUUACACUGGGAACGAGUGUCAUGACGUCAAGCAAUAAUCGGGUCUCACUUGCAGACACACAUCGUGCUAUGGUGGAAAAAGACGAAAAAAACUUGACCGGACACUUCCCAAAAAGUGAGAAAUGACUUCUAUAGGGAAAUUCCGAGGUUCGACACAGAGAGGUUUCCAAAUGUCCAAGACUCUUGAGACUAGCUCCAAGCGGGCACACCUAAGAUAACGAGACGACACGGAUGCCGAGUACCAGUCUUGUGUUGCUUGCCGUUUCUACGCAGUGCAGCGCGCUUUUUCUACCCAGCUCCAUCUUGUACACAGACCGGCCCCUUUGUGAAUAGGUAUGGGUGAACCCAGUAGAGAUAGGAGUAAAGAUAUAGAGAUACCAGAUCUUACUCGUACCAGCCUAUUUAGAAGAUAUUGAUAUAGAACAGACUAGAUCAAAACUAUCUGCUUCAAAACUAUUUCAUUGUAUCAAAUAUGCAAAUAAUGUACGAUUUACAUACAUAUCAUUUCUAUGAAGAAUCAUAUAGUAAAGAAUCAAAGCUUGCGUCAUGCUAAGGAAGGAGAAGCUAACUAUGGAGACAGUGGACGGCACCCGACUACCCAAGGAGUGACCUUCUUACUGUGAGAAGUUGCCCUGUGUAAACAUUCUACACGGACAAUCUAACCUACAUGCCAACGUCAAUGCACACGGGAUCAAGGAAAACCCACAUCGCGGAGGUGAACGCGCAAUUCCCAACAGGACCAGAAACCGUAUGUGUGGUGCAAGUCUCCUGUAGCCGAGCGGUUCGAACCCAUGCCCAGUGGGUAAAAAAGGCAUGUACCACUGUUUCUGUAGGUAGAACCCACCCCCACCGUUAGUUUUCCUACUUGUGGUCUUCCCUGUAAAGUAACCAGAAAUGAUCUGCCACUCCUUGUCAACCCCCUGUUGAACUGUCGAUCCUAGCAAGGACACUGAUUUCAUAGUAUCGUAUGUUUGGUACGGAAAGUUUUACAAUUGUGGAAAAGGUAAUAUUAACGAACGAUCCUUUUUAUUGACCUGAUUGAUAGCUGUUCAAAUAUUUUGUUACAUCAAGGACUGUUAUGUCUUACCCCAAAUCAUAGAAGAAUACGUCAAAAGGCAUCUUAACAUUUUAAGAAAGCAAAGUAACAACGUUGCAUGUAGGGGUACACACUGGAGAAGUUUGGCGUCUUCACGAUUGUUUCUUUCAGACACGUGCAGUACGCAUGCAUGACAGACACGUGCAACAGGCAUGAUACUUCCAUGGUGCUGUAAAUAAGUUAUGCAUGUGGUAACGUCACUAAUUUCUCAGGAAAAUUGCGUCUAAAAGUGUUCUCUCCAAUGCAAGGCGUUUGUGAAAGCUAUUGUUUUGUGCUGUGUUAAACUCUUAGCAUGGUAUAGACCAACAAGCACAUUGCCGGUAGAACUACCCACGGGCUCUUAAGCAGCGCCUCACAGGGAACCUCUGACGUUUACUGAACAGUUCUUCGUCAUUUUCUUAUAGAUUUGUCCGUUUGCCUAAAGGGACGCUCGCUCUCCUGGAUCCUCUUGAUUUCCCCUGUCAAUCACUCUGGAAUUCUUUUCUUAAUCGUGUCCGAGAUGACAUUCAUCACAGCCAACCCCCUCCCCAAGUAUUCUAAAGUAGCAUAUUAGUCAACGGGGAGACGUAUCUUGAACAGACUCUGAUGCAAGUGUACAAUGAAAGUACAAAAUCACUCUAUUCAAUAAUACAAAGGAAAUUUCUUUGGAAUGUCGCUGUUCAGCCAGACAUGUAACACGGUUGGCCUCCAUGCCCCGGCUAGUUUAGACGACGUUUGCUGCAGAACAGGUGCUAUGGCGCAGCCAAUGUUCUCUCUUCAGUCAUUUGCCACAGGAGGGCCAGACGAACCCACCAGAAAAAGGGUGUAAACGUGUCCUCGACAGAUUGCCGAUCACUUUUAUACCUGUGGACCUGUUUUAUACGCUUCUACGUAUGUGGCAAGACAUGAAAUACUAAGGAACUCCUUAUUUUGUUCUUCUAAUGAAGUAUCAAGGACGUCUGGCGAAUGUUGUUUACCAAUUGGCCAAUGUAACAUGCAUUGUACGAGGAACUGUCAAUGGAGAAUAAGACCGUUAACGAUGUUCCCCCUCCCCUAUCUAGACCGUUGUUGGAUGCCGCCUGUAGAGUAUUCAGACAUUUGGUCACUGCUGCGUUCCGUUAAUAAUGAUAGUCGUAACGAGACCUUAAGUUUAACACUGCUCAACACUAUGUCUAUACCAAUGGGAGGUAACCAGCUGCAACUUGUACGUCUCUAAACGUUAUAGCAAUGAAGAAUAAGACGAAAACGUCUAUCUCUGCAAAUUUGUAGCUGUACAGAAUUUGUCCCCAAAUAAUGAAAGUCAAACGUAACAAAAAUGUCCAUGCUCUUUGGUUCACCAGCUGUAAGUGUUGUACUUUGAAGGAAAUAAGUAAGCUUUCCAAAACAUUCCCUUUCAGUGUUUGCGUUGUCCUCAAAUACUGUAGAAUCGCAAUACCCCGGCCGUGUACGCCCAUUGCCAUGGCACUCUAUACAACAGAAAGUCAAAGCCUUGAUUCCCUCAGACCCUAAUUCAGUUAAUAAAGAUUUUGCGCAUCUAGAUUCGACUCCCAUCAUCACAAUCUAUGGAAACAAAUUAUUUCCGCGUCCCGCCCCAAAACGUGAGAAAUGUCACCAGUGGUGCUGCCUUCACGCUGUUUUCACAAACUAGUCUAUAGUACCACGCUUUGCUGUUUGUCAAGGACGCUGACAUUGAAAUAUUGUCUUACCUAGAAGAAGAUGAGUUUUGUAAUCUUAUGCCAGCGUUUUAACCUUAAUUCAAACAUGGUUAAGCAAUAACAAAUAUCAACAGGGCCUGUCCCUGGUGCUGAAAUAUGUCCCUCAAUAACACUUGGCUUGAUUUCUCUACUCAUUCGUUUUAUCGGCAUCUUCUUCUGAUAUUAGCAGGUUCCUCGGGCAAUACUAACGUCGUUUGUGUCUGCAGCACAUAGAUUACACCACCGUACAGCCUCUGGCAGUUCACAUGAUUUAUGGACCAUUAUGUGAAAUGUACCUUCCAUGACAAAUUUACCAUGUCCGUGGCAAGUAGAUUGUAUUUGGAGAUUGUUCUGUAUUCGAAUAAUUGUGAUGACUUAAGAAUCCAAUCAUGUAAAAUAACGGAAUAGACAGAUCUAAACCAAAAGACUGCAGUCAGUCCAGUUGUCUGUGGACAUCAUGUACCAAACCGUCAAUGUCUGUCUACAAUGUCAAAAUUACAUUUUGUAGUUUUUUACCACUAUAUAGUUACUAUGAUAAUUUGACAAAAUGAUAUAAAGGUUACAUAACGAAGCAAUAUCUGAAUGAUGCAAUAGCUUUCAAGCAAGUACCCCAGCUGCCUGGCAUGAUGAAGAUAUUUUGUUCCGACUUUCUGACGUGAAAUAUGUCCUACAUCUCCAUGUGCAUUUUAACUUAAAGACAGAGGACAUUAAAUCAACCAAAUGGCUUACAGCGUCGGGAAAAACUGUUCCAGCUGUCUGCCACACCACUUUAUUAGCCAGAAAAAUGGCUCUGGAUAUCCUGCGGUACCACCAUAUUAAUUACCGGCCCGCGCCGGCCGCCAGGAGAAUUCGAUUCCGCCGUUAUUUGCGAAGCUAAUAAACCUUCAUUCGGUCAGGUCCUACUAGCAGCUGGUUACCUCCCGGGGGGCUCACUUUUAACACGGGCAUGCAGGGUUUUUAGAUACGCUUCGCCGAGCACGCCAGUGCGUUUUUACGUCCCGCGGAACGCCGAUUGUUGCAUGAUUGACCAUCUCCUGAAACGGGAUGUAUCUUUUAUAGGAAACCCUCAGUUCCGCCGUCGACAUAGCUCGACCGUAGCGUGCUGAGAUGUAUGUAUGUACAGAGCAUAUGCGGGGACACUAUUUUUGGACUCUCCUUAACGUGGCAAAGAUUCUGUGAGUGAUCUUCACCGUAACCAGUAGCAACCGCGCCGCUGUCCCAUCAGCCGGCCCACCGGUCUGCCAGUCAAAACCUUCCAGGGAAAUCGUGAAUCCUGCAACAGUCGGCGCGCCGCAACUAAAAGAAAAACUUAUGCAAAUAUAUGAAGACUAGGAAUCUCUUCACGUCUGUACGAUACCUACUGCAACUCUGCACUUGUAUUAAUGCAUAUCAUUCCUGUAAGGAAGGAAGACCUAUAUGUACAUGUAUGUCGGCAUGUAUAUAUUAUCGUAUCAAGACCCAUACUGGAGGGCUUGUCCUGCGUAUACAUAAACAUUUGUACAUAGAAACACCACGGGGGCAAUACAUUCAGGGGCCAGAACGUGAUAUCGUCGUGCAACGACUCUGGCUACGAGUUCGUUAUGGAAGUUGCAAGUUUUGGAUACGUUACAGGAGAUUCAAAUGUGUAGGGAUGGCAAAGAACUAUAUAUACAUAUACCGUUUUGCCGGGAAGUAUAGUACAGUUGACACAGGCGUGCGUCGUAUUUAUAAUUAGGAUGAACCGGUCAUGAAGAAAGAAACGAUUAGGCUUUUGUGAGCGUUACAUAUCGAUAUCAUGACCGGUCCCCUGAUGUGAAGUCUAGCGAGCAUUUUGUGUGACCGCGGAUCCGCGCUCGGGGGUAGCGUUUGUACAUCAAUACUACUGGAGAAGGAAUCAAUAAACAAUAUCCCAGAAACCAC